AUGAGCGGCACAUGGGAGUUCAUCAAGCGACACAAGGGAAAGAUUGUUUUGGGCACAUCGGCGGUGGUUGGAACAUCGAUUGCUCUUUACCAGUCUUAUCAACAAGGUCAAUCUUUACACCAACAAUCACCACAAUCCGAAGCAUAUAAAGUGCAGGCCCGCCGACAUUACGUCUUUGACAGCAAUCAACGAACGUGUGAUCAAUCAAUACUCGAGCUUGUACCCACCAUUAAAAGACUUAUCGAGAGUCGAUUCAAUGUUGAUGUGAUCAAGAGAGAAAUCGAGACAAACAACGAACUCACACAUGAGCAGAAAUUCACAAAAUGGGAGCAAAUGAAGAUUUAUGCCUUUGCUCGUUUACUCGGAUUGGCCUAUUCAUAUUCCCUUCUCACCGUCACUCUUAAAGCUCAAAUCUCGAUUUUGGCCUCCGACAUUUGUGCACAGUUUGAAGAGCCACCGAAGAGCUCGGGAUGGACUUCUUAUCUUCCAUCAGCUGUCACCAAUCUCUUCCAUGGUGAAUCCACAAAUCAACCUGGCAAAUCAGUUGAUGCCAAUAGCCAGCAAAUUUUCAUGCAAUGUAUUCAAUACUUUACAACAACAGGUAUCCCAAGACUUCUCGAUUUGGUCGAGAAGACGGUAAGCGAUGAGAUGACAGAGAUUUCAUUGAAGACCCAGCUCACAAAGGAGGAGAUCCGAUCCCUGGUUGAGCGAAUCGAAAAACGACUUCUCGUGGAGAACCCGGAAUUGAGUCAUUUGGUGGCACCGUUGGAUGAGAAUGCUAAUAUGGUAAGCGACAAUCUCCAGAAUUUAAUCCGUCGAUUGAUCCGUGCUCUUCGAUCGGAUCGAUGCCGAGAAACGAUGAAAGCCCUCGCCGAUUACUAUCUCUCUACAGCAUGCCAUAAAAUCUCCUCGACUUCUCCAUCUCCAAUGGCUCGUCACAUCCCUCCACUCUCCGAUGUUUUCCAUUCAAUCUCCUCAUCGACUUUCGAUGCACCAAUCAGAAACAGUCUCUGCUCAUCGGAUGUACACCAAUUUGCUAUCGAAGUGUUCAAUGCAAAGCGGGAA